GUCGGAUGGAAGAAAUUGGCCGCCUUUAUACAGUCUCGGUAUAUCAUCAUGGUAUAUUUGUAUGUUGAUCUUGAUGAUGAAAAAUGACGAUUGCCAGAAGCAGAUGCGAAAGUGAUAAAGUACCUAAAAUUGGUGGUGGAUCUAAUAAAUGUAAAAUGCUAUUAAACGUGAGGACAACUCGGUUAAUCCACACGUAGAUCUGAGCGACUAGCAGCCACUCGGUAUAAUUCGCGUUUCAGUUGGGGGACUUUUGAAGACGCAAAAGAAAAAGAUGGCACGACCAACACAUCAAAUUCGGUAAGCAAAUCUAUCAUGCACGCACAAGAUCUAGAUCUAGAACACGUCGUCAAGCCCAAAACUACGAGUUCAUUUUUUGCUCGCGUUUUCAAUCACAAACAGCUGUCGUUUUGAAUCGUGACUAGAAAAACCCGCUCGACCACAACACUCCGGCAUUACAUUAACGAAAGUUUUUUACAACGACACCUAGAUGCCCUCCACGUAAGUAGUGCAAGCUCCUCUAAAAACCCAAAAUAGUUGACCGAGCAGAAGCAGUAUUAUAAGUGUUUUACUCUUGUUUUCGGGCGUCGGGCUGUUUGAUCUUCAUACAACUUUCGCUUGUUCCGCCCAAAGAACUACUACAAGCUCUCUGUAGCUCAGUGAUUUCUGUACAAGCUAGUAAAGCACCUUUGCCUUUUUUCGAAAAACCAAAGAUGGCGGGAAGUAGUAGAAGAAUGUCCCGCUCGUCUUCAAUGCUCGCGGCGUUCGUCUCGUUGUUUGUUGGUACCGCCAUGAUGUUGACGGACGGCGGCUUCGGCGGUGCUGGUGUUUUUCCUUCAUCUCUACUUCAAGCUCCGACUUUAUUUGCGUCCGCGCUUCGGUUGCAACCGGCAAGAAGUACGACUACAAGAACGCCGUCGCCGUCUCGGCGACAUCGUGCGCAGCCACUGCUGAAUACAGAAGGUCCUUCGCCUUCUGCGAACACUGGACAGCCAGGAGCUUCUUCUGCUGGUCCGCAGCACGAUCCUCCGCCCGCCGCAGCAGCCAAUUCCAGAACCGAAAACCAAAACGCCGGGCCGCCCGCACAGGAGGUUAUGUUGGAUGCUCUACCUGCGCCGCGGCUGCAGCCAAUAUAUGAAAUCGCACGACAGCCAGUGAGGGAAAUCCCGGGGCUCUAUGGUCCAUGUUUCCCCGGUGGCUAUCAAAUGUAAAAAUGUCUGGGUCUGGAAGAUUGCCGGCUUUGUCAUGCACAUUUUGCAUGACUCCUCAAGUCUGUGAUGCAUGCCCUAGCAUCACAGAUUUUUAGAGGGCUUCCUGACGCCUAUUCCGCAUGCAAAUGCUCUUUCCGUACUGCAAAACUUGGACUCUCUUUGCUGCUCAUGCAAUACAGAUUUUUUUAGAAUCCAAAAUCAGCGCGACAAGUUGGAUUCUUCCAGACCCAGACACUUUUACAGUUGAUAGUGGCUCCGAAAUCACCAAAGGUGAAUUUCUCGGAUGUUGCUGUGCUGCCACCGGUGCUGCGAUUUGGCAAACCCCUGUAGGCCCUUGCGUUCUUGGUUCGUCCGGCGCCAAAUUGUGUGGACCCAUACUAUGCACUGCCGGCAUGGCUGUUGGAUGUGAGGGUUCGUGCUCAGAAAGAACACGAGCAGCGAGGGUUCGUGAAAUCCGAGAAGAGGCGCAGGCCACGGAGGAGGAGGCCGCCCGUGCUGCACACAGGAACCAGCUUCGAGACCAGCUACGACAGCAGGCGAGCGCUUCGGGCAGCAACCAGGGAUUUUAUCUGCGGACCGAGCGUGACCCGACUGGCACUGGUGAGCGGACUGAUGUCCCCGUCAGUGAACUCCCGUAGGCCGUUCCAAUUUACUACAUCGUAGCGAACAAGCUGCACUCGUCAUUACAAAGCCUGCGCAUCUACUUUCGCCCUAAAAGUAGGAAGGUGUAAGUGAAUCUUUUCUUGAAGUCAAAAUAUUUGGCUCGCAGGUUUUUUGAAAACAUAAGUUUACAAGGUUUGUUGUGCGCACAUAUAAGUGUGCCUAUCUAUGCGGACCAUUUUUUUUUUCAUCACCCAAAUGACGAUGAACAUACUUGCUACGCGCACACAUAAUGUUGAGCCGUCGCAAAUUUUGUGUAUGUUUAUUCGACAUGAUCCUGGCGGUCGUGUUUGCCUUGUUUUCCCGCUCGCUAGAAGUAGAAAGUAACCAACCAAGGAAAGAUCGAGCGGAAAAUGGGUACUACACAGACGACCAGCGCAAAUUGUAGGCAACGAAUCGGAUUAGCCCCUCGUUGACCGAGCAAGAACUCGAAUGUUGAUGCACAAGAACACGGUUGCAAGAUGCAACGCGAUUGUUUUGUUAGAAAUCUACUACCAACAAGAAAACGGAAAAACUGCAUCUACUUUCGCAAGAGCAUCUUCUUAUGCUCCUGUUGAGAGCUGCGCGA